CUGAGGGUCAGGAGCAGGCCAGCGGACCCUCCACGCUGCACUCAGUCCUUCCCUCGGCCUCUGUCCGGCCCGGGACCUUUGGCCAUGGCCGAGACCACUGUCACGCCGCCGCAGCCCAGCGUCUAUACCGACCCAGGGGUGGCCUACACUGUGACUGACAUCGCAAUCAUUGCAGGUGUGGUCGCUGCCAUAGCCUUCGUCCUGAUUGGCCUCCUCUUCAUCAUGCUACACUACCUGUGCCAGCACAAGGGCACGUACUACACCAACGAGGACAAGGGCACAGAGUUUGCUGAGAGCGCAGAUGUGGCCCUGCAGGAUGACCCUGACCUCCAGGAUGUGGGUGACAGCAGCACAAAGGAAUACUUUAUCUGAGGGGUACCGGCUGCACCUCUCUCUGCCCCUGCUCCAACUCCACGAGAGAGGAUGCAUCCCCCUGCCAACCACUACCAGACAGACCAUAGGGCACCCACCUUCCAAAAAUGUGUGCCUUGGAAUAUGAGGGGCCUGCCCAGAGGGGAAAAGAGGGUGUGCCCCCCACCAGAGGGACCCAGGGAGAGAGCACGUCUGGGCACACAGUCUUCCUGGACAGUUCAGGCUGCCAUCACAUGCCAGGCCUUGUUGGGUGGCUGGGCCUGGACUAGGGGAGAAACGAAGGGAGUCGUCCAUACACUGACUGGAGGCAAUGGCCUCAAAGGUCCGUCCUUGACAUUUGGGAAACAGCAGGUGCCAGAGCUAAAAGGCACCUUUGUCUCCCAUUGUUCCAGCACACAAUGAUUGGAAAUAAAUUUGAAAUGUAACUGAGCAUUCUGAGUUACACAGCAUCACUGUCGUGGGGAGAGAGGAAUGCUGCCCGGGGCUUGCUCUUUGCCAGGGAUUGUGUGUUCUCCAGUAGAGAUGGCAUGGAUCUGGGAGACUCCAGUUCCAGUCCAGAGCCUCAAAGGGUUGUGUCCUUUGCCAACUUCAUGAAACAAAUGUAAGGGCGAAAUGUCCUUCUGGAAACAGAGCAUCCAGCAGCCAGGCCACAGCUGAAGUGUUGAUUUUUUUUAAUGAAUGGUAUUGGAUAAAAUAGACUAAUUUGAGCAAAUAUGAGCAAACCCCAUCCUUCCUGAUGUACAUUAAGAAAACAGACCCAUAAGAAUAGUUAUUAACAAUGGCACCAGGGGUUGCAAGCACAGUUCCUUGGGUUUGAAUCCUGGCUCUGGGACCACUUUCCUGGUCCUGGGAUCUAGGGAAACUUGCUUGGACUCUCUAGCCUCAAUAUCUCAUCUCUGAAUGGAGAUGGGAAAAUAUGGUGACUCUAGUGAUACCUACUAGUUGCUGCUGAGUGGACUCCAACUCAUGGCAACUUCAUCUGUGACAGAGCAGAACUGUGCUCCAUAAAGUUUUCAACGGCUAAUUUUUUGGAAAUAGAUCACCGGGCCUUUCUUC